CGUCCUCGGCCGAAAUCUGUGCACUAUGUCGGGUGGCCUCCUGAAGGCGCUGCGCAGCGACUCCUACGUCGAGCUGAGCCAGUACCGGGACCAGCACUUCCGGGGUGACAAUGAAGAACAGGAAAAACUACUGAAGAAAAGCUGUACAUUGUAUGUUGGAAAUCUUUCCUUUUAUACAACUGAAGAACAAAUCUAUGAACUCUUCAGCAAAAGUGGUGACAUAAAGAAAAUCAUCAUGGGCCUGGAUAAAAUGAAGAAAACAGCAUGUGGGUUCUGCUUUGUGGAAUACUAUUCAAGAGCAGAUGCAGAAAAUGCCAUGCGGUACAUAAAUGGAACUCGUCUGGAUGACCGGAUCAUUCGCACAGACUGGGACGCAGGCUUUAAGGAGGGGAGGCAGUAUGGCCGUGGGCGUUCUGGGGGCCAGGUACGAGAUGAGUAUCGUCAGGACUACGAUGCUGGGAGAGGAGGUUAUGGAAAACUGGCCCAAAACCCGUGAGUGGUGAGAGCCCCGUCAUGAAAAACUCACUCCUUUGGCCUGUUGAAUUUGAUGUGCAUUCCCAAGGUCUGCGAACCUGCCUGUUUUUACCAAGCUUUAUUUAAUAUGUCUCUACUGAGCUGGAAGGCUCUUCAUGAUUUUCCACUUAAAAAAUUAUUAAAGGACAGAAUCCAAGAGAAUGCCUUUAAUUCUGUAGUCUUAACAUCUUGGUUGUGUGUCAGAUUACCAGAAUGAUUUCUGUUACCAGGUCAAAAAUUGUGUUCCUUAGCAACAGACUUCAUGUGUUAUGUUGCUCUAUCAACCAAAACACACUUCUUUUAGGAAGAUUGGGAAAAAAAUUUUUAAGUGUUUACCAUGUUUGCAUCUAAGUAGGUUUAUGGUCUACCAUGGGGCCUGGAAUUACUAUUUAAAAAAUUUUAAGUUUGCAUGAGAUAGUUUAAUAAGUGGAGUUUUGCUAUGUAAUGUAGCUUUUACUCUAAAUUAGGAAUAGAUUUUGAUAAC